CCUCGCCAUAAAUGGAUGCUGGACCAUUUACUACGGGACGACGGCGGUACCCUAUAAAAACUGUGGCAGAGUAAUCGGCCGUCACUCGAAGCGUAACUCGCCGUGCGAAACGAGUCCCUUCUGUUUUAUUUCCUGAGCGGCAGUAAAGACCUACAUCAGCAACCAUGUGUGAUGAUGAUGUUGCGGCACUCGUCGUUGACAACGGUUCCGGCAUGUGCAAGGCCGGCUUCGCCGGAGACGAUGCCCCACGUGCCGUCUUCCCAUCCAUCGUUGGUCGCCCAAGACAUCAGGGUGUGAUGGUCGGUAUGGGACAGAAGGACUCCUACGUAGGAGACGAAGCCCAAAGCAAGAGAGGUAUCCUCACCUUGAAAUACCCCAUCGAGCACGGUAUCAUCACCAACUGGGACGACAUGGAAAAGAUCUGGCACCACACUUUCUACAACGAAUUGAGAGUUGCCCCAGAGGAGCACCCCAUCUUGUUGACUGAAGCCCCCCUUAACCCAAAGGCUAACCGUGAAAAGAUGACCCAAAUCAUGUUUGAAACCUUCAACACCCCAGCUAUGUAUGUAGCCAUCCAAGCUGUACUCUCCCUUUACGCUUCCGGUCGUACCACCGGUAUCGUCUUGGACUCCGGUGACGGUGUCUCCCACACCGUACCCAUCUACGAAGGUUACGCCCUUCCCCAUGCCAUCCUCCGUUUGGACUUGGCCGGUCGCGACUUGACCGACUACUUGAUGAAGAUCUUGACUGAACGCGGUUACUCGUUCACCACCACCGCUGAAAGGGAAAUCGUACGUGACAUCAAAGAGAAACUUUGCUAUGUCGCCCUCGACUUCGAGCAGGAAAUGGCCACUGCCGCCAACUCCACCUCAUUGGAAAAGAGCUACGAAUUGCCUGAUGGCCAAGUUAUCACCAUUGGUAACGAGAGGUUCCGUUGCCCAGAGGCCCUCUUCCAACCCUCGUUCUUGGGAAUGGAAUCCUGCGGUAUCCACGAAACCGUCUACAACUCCAUCAUGAAGUGCGACGUUGACAUCCGUAAGGACUUGUACGCCAACACCGUACUCUCCGGUGGUACCACCAUGUACCCUGGUAUUGCUGACCGCAUGCAAAAGGAAAUCACCGCAUUGGCCCCGUCCACCAUCAAGAUCAAGAUCAUCGCUCCCCCAGAAAGGAAAUACUCCGUAUGGAUCGGUGGUUCCAUCCUGGCUUCCCUCUCCACCUUCCAACAGAUGUGGAUCUCCAAGCAGGAAUACGACGAAUCCGGUCCAGGCAUCGUCCACAGGAAAUGCUUCUAAAUUCUUUAUUAAUAUUGACUGUUAUUGUUCCUUUCCUGGUCCGAACAACUGGACAACGGUUCUGUUGCAACUACGUGUUGUUGCACUGCCAUAAAGACUUAAUAUCCUUGUGAAUACGUAUUAUUUAUUAUAUUAUACACUUAUAUACAUACUUAUACUUGAAUAAUUCUUUAGAACUGUUUAAAUUGUUAAUAAAUUUUUGUUACUGUACAA